CAGAAUCUGAAAUUUUCUUAGAGAGAACAGAGAGCGAACAAUGCAGACGAGAACAGUUCAAGUAGGGCAUGUAUCAGAUCUAGCAGGGGAAAGAGAAAUUCAGGAGUUCUUCUCUUUUUCUGGAGAUAUCGAACACAUUGAGAUCCAAAGAGGUGCUGGGCAAUCGAAGACUGCAUUCGUCACUUUCAAAGAAUCGAAAGCUCUGGAAAUCGCAUUACUAUUAUCUGGAGCAACCAUAGUCGACCAAAUUGUGAGCAUAACUCCUGUAGAAAACUAUGUGCCAAAAGUUGAGGAAGUAAGGAUUGCGGACAAUGCUGUGACUAUUUCUUCUGCUGGAGAUGUUGGACUGAAUGCUGAGACCAAAAGUAGCUCUCCCGAUAGUGGACGGAUAUAUGUUAGUAAAGCUCAUGAUGUUGUCACUAAUAUGUUGGCUAAGGGUUCAGCCAUUGGGCAAGAUGCCAUGAAUAAGGCUAAAGCAUUUGAUGAGAAGCAUCGGUUGACAGCUAAUGCAUCUGCUAAAGUCAUCUCGUUUGAUAGGAGGGUUGGGCUUAAGGAGAAAUUAACUGUUGGCAUGUCUAUGGUUAAUGAGAAAGUGAAAUCUGUUGAUCAAAAGCUGCAUGCAUCGGAUAAAACAAUGGCUGCAUUAAUGGCGGCUGAGAAAAAGUUGAAUGAAACAGGAUCUUUUGUAAAGCAAAGCAGAUAUGUAACUGCUGGAACAUCUUGGUUAAAUGGUGCUUUCAACAAGAUGGCAGAGGUUGGGCAGGUAGCAGGUACAAAAACUAGAGAAAAGUUCCAGUUAGCUGUGUCAAACUUGACUGCAAAGGAUCCUCCCAUUGCUGUCUAAUCCAACAGUUUCGUUAGGGCUAAAGUUCUUGGCUGUUUCAUAAGGAAUCCAAUCUGCCACCCUGUGUUCCUUAUCUACAAAACCAAUAGAUUUGGAAAUGUCAAGGUGCAUUGGGAAAGAAGAAAAAUUGUGAUAUUCCCCAUUUAUGCGUGUUGGUUUUGUAGUUUAUACACCUUCUGGGUUUAGAUUAGUAAUUCAUUUUAUUGUUUCUUGCCCUCUUAUAUGGAUGUUGUUUAGUGUGUAAAUUAAUGGGUUCUCUAUUGUUUUCAUUUUUAUUGUUUGGAUUAUCCAAAAAAAAAAAAAUUGUAAUGAAAAGCAUUGUGUUAUACC